GCCUGUUUUAGUGAAAAACACCAUGUUGGCAGAAUUAGUGGAGGAUCUGAAGAAGACCUGACUCCAGGCUCCUGCAGCUGAUCACUGCUAUGCUGGACCUGAAGAUGUGGCCUGUGAUGUCUGCACUGGGAGGAAGAUGAAAGCUGUAAAGUCCUGUCUGAUAUGUUUUGCUUCUUAUUGUGAGAAUCACCUCCAACCUCACUAUGAUGCUCCACCAUUAAAGAAGCACAAGCUGGUGGACCCCUAUAAGAAGCUGCAGGAGAUCAUCUGCUCUCGUCAUGAUGAGGUGAUGAAGAUCUUCUGUCGUACUGAUCAGCAGUGUAUCUGUUAUCUCUGCACCAUGGAUGAACAUAAAGGCCAUGAAACAGUCCCAGCUGCAGCAGAAAGGGCUGACAGGCAGAAGGAGCUCCAGGAGAGACGACAACAAAUCCAGCAGAGAAUCCAGGACCAGGAGAAAGAUGUGAAGCUGCUUCAACAGGAGGUGGAGGCCAUCAAUGGCUCUGCUGAUAAAGCAGUGAAGGACAAUGAGAAGAUCUUCACCGAUCUGAUCCAUAACAUCCAGAGAAGAAGCUCUGAUGUGAAGCAGCAGAUCAGAUCCCAGCAGGAAACUGAAGUGAGUCGAGUCAAAGAGUUUCAGAAGAAGCUGGAGCAGGAGAUCACUGAGCUGAAGAGGAAAGAUGCUGAGCUGGAGAAGCUCUCAAUCACAGAGGAUCUGUACCAGUUUCUCCAGAACUACCCCUCACUGUCAGCACUCAGUGAGUCUACACACUCAUCCAGCAUCAAUAUUCGUCCUCUGAGAUACUUUGAGGAUGUGACAGCAGCUGUUUCAGAGCUCAGAGAGAAAAUGCAGGACAUCCUGAGGGAAGGAUGGACAAACAUCUUACUGUCAAUAACUGAAGUUGAGGUUCUAUUAUCAGGACCAGAACCAAAGAGCAGAGUUGGAUUCUUAAAAUAUUCAAAAGAAAUCACACUGGAUUUAAACACAGCACACGAGAAGCUGUUGUUGUCAAAAGGGAACAGAAAAGUAACAGUAAAGGAAGAAGAUCAGCCCUAUCCUGAUCAUCCAGAUAGAUUCAGUGAUUGGUUUCAGAUUCUGAGUAGAGAGACUCUGACUGGACGCUGCUACUGGGAGGUGGAGUGGAGAGGAGAAGGAGAAGUUCAUCUAGCAGUUUCAUACAAAAGUAUCUCCAGAAAGGGAUACGGAGAUCAUAUUGUACUUGGAUUCAAUGCAGAAUCAUGGUCGUUAAGCUGUUACAAGGACAGGUACUGGUUUAAUCACAACAACAUCCAUACUCCAGUAUCAGGUCCAGUUUCCUCCAGAAUAGGAGUGUAUCUGGAUCACAGAGCAGGAAUUCUGUCUUUCUACAGCGUCUCUGAAACCAUGACUCUCCUCCAUAGAGUCCAGACCACAUUCACUCAGCCUCUAUAUGCUGGAGUUUGGCUUGAACAUUUUGGGACCUGCAUGAGGCAUGCUGAACUGGACCACCUUCCCCCUCUUAUUGGUGCUGAUGGGGAUCCUGAGUUAUCGUUCUCUGGGAAAAUCUUUGCAAUCUGAGAAGGAAACUCAGGGCGACUACCAGGCAGAGGAGUUCUCAAACUUCACACUGACUUGCAACCUUACAGGCCAUGAUGCCUCACCUCCUGAGAUCCUGUUCAUGUUUCUGGAGAUCAUGAAGCCACUGAGACGUAUUUAUGAGUACGACAGCAGAGCUAAUGCUGAGCCGUACAUUGAUAAUCUGUUCAGAGGUCGGCUGCAGUGUCAGCUGAUCGAGAACAUGAGUAUCAAAUGUUUGCUGAGUGACCUGAGGCUGAACGACAUGGGGCUGUAUCGGUUGGUCCUUAUUGCUGAUGGAAGGAGAUGCAUUAAAGAAUCGCAACUUGUAGUUGCAUCUUCUAUAAAGCCAAAGCAGGAGGAACCUGAAGAGCCGGUAGAUCGGGGGAGGUGGGGACUUUCUGUUUGUGUAUUUUUGUUUUUGAUGGGAACAGGAAUCUUGUUACUCCGUUACAUUACUGGUUAGAAAUAUGUAAAAAUGCACUUUGCACUACUAUCCCCCCUGUUACAGUGAAUCCUCUGCUAUCACUGGUAUUACAGGGGGGUAUCUACCUCAUGUUGGAAUACUGAUAGUAUUAUUUAGGAUCUACUGGGUGUUGGUAUGAUCCCUGACUGAGCUACCUCACAGCUUUAUUGUUAUUAAUUUAAAUGGAAUGUUUACAAUAACGUAUUGCACUAAAGGGGGUAAAUGGGGUCAUUUCACUCAGAAGUGUGUCAGGAAGGCACAGAAUCCUUAAAUAAGCUACCGCAAAGAAGGAAGAGGUGUGAGCCAGUUUACAUGGAAGAAACCAUUGAUAACUAUGGCUUAUCCCUCAAUUCAGUGGUUGGAAGAGGUAGAGCCACUGAUAGUGCUAAAGUCUCUUUGAACAGGAGACAGAAAGACUGUAUUAUAUCUGACAGACUUUAGCUGUUAGAUUUUAGUCACAGAAGAAAAGUGCAUUUUGUCCGUUUUUUUUUUUUUUUUUAUGAUAUGUAUUCGAUUUAAAUUUUAAACUUGUUAAAAUAAGUUUAGUCUAGUUCAGGGAAAAGCAGCAGAACAAAUAAUAAAAUGAGGUGUUUAAAGUUUCUGUGAAAUCCACUGAAACAUUACUGCAAUGAAGCUUCCUGUCCUGAAUUCAGCGAAAGUGUCAGUAUAUUGAGCUGGAGCUGAUCAGCAGAGGAAGAAAUGCACAUUUCAUGAACAUGUAACUUAAAUGUCCAAAUGUUUUCAUACAAAUAUGUUAUUGUUUAUGACUGUAAAAAAAAAAAAUACAAACACUUUUUACUCACUGAUUUGAUCUUGAUUAGCUUUAUUAGAGUUUAUAUCUGCUAACUGUGAGUUUGUCUUUAUAAAUAUUUUUUUUUUCUUUUAUGUAAACUUUUAUUUUUCACUUUUUGUCUCUGAGAAACAAUCUGAGCAUCAAUCCAGAAGCUGUGGUCUGCCAAUAAAUUAGGUUACUUUCAUGGUGCAGUUGCUUUAUUGCAGCUUUCUAUUAGGUCAAAAUGGACUCCAAAUAAAGUGGGUCUUCUGCUAAAGUCAGGUUAGGACGUAUCUCCAACGUCUUCAUUACACCUGGAUUUCCCUAAGUAUACAAACUUUACUGGAUUCAUCCGGCAGUUAAAAAGCUUCUCUUUGUUCAGAUCUCCUGUUUAAGUCAGGGGCAUGUGCUGUAAAGCAGCAAUAAGUGCUGAAAAAAUCCUCUAAAAAAAAACAUGUCUAUAAACAACAUGAAAUCAGAUCAAAAUCUCCAUUAGUUUGUGGAUAGUUUUGUCUGUUUUAUUACUUAUUGUGUUUGUUAUCAUCAUUUGUUGUUUAAUGAGGAAAUAAAACCUUUUUUAAUGUCUAAAAGUUUCUUUCUGUCACUGAGUUUAUUUUGUAACAAAUCGGUGCCAGCAGAACCAACAAGCUGCAGUAAAGUUAAGCUGAUUUAGAUCAAUAAACCACCAAUAUAGUAAAACAGAUGGUUGAUAAAAUCUCCAUCUUUUUAAAAUGUGUUUUUGAAUGAAAUAAUUUUAAUGGUUGCAUAUUUCAAUAGUUAUGUUUUGAGGAUCUAUCAGAGAAUCCAGCAGGUUCUGUUGGGUUUUUGUUAUUUCUUUAAAAAUAGUGUAAUUUCCUGCAGGUGAAAGAUUUCUGGGUCUUAAUUUGUUUCUGUGGUAAUUAGAUUUUUUAAGGGACAAUUGUUGAUCUGCUUGUUUUUGUCAAAUGUGACUUUUUUCUGCUUCAUAAAAAAUCAAACAGCAAAUUUAAUGAAAUGUUCCUAAACUGGACAGAUUGUGUUUUUCUAUCCAAAGUUCAUUCUUUUUCUUUCUAUCUGACACUUUGAGGAACUGUAAUUUCUCUAAAUCAAUAAACUGAAAGCAAACAUC